AUGGCAUCCAAGCAAUGCGCCCAGAGCCUGUUCGGAAAGCUCUGCGGGAUGGGGCCCGCCAGGCCAGGGCGCAUGGGGACGCUGAACGUGAGGGCAGCGGCUGCGGAAAAGAAGCAAGUGAUCCAACCCAUGAAUGGCGACCCCUUCAUUGGCAUGCUUGAGACGCCUGUGACCUCCGCACCAAUCGUUGCAUCCUUCCUCUCCAACCUCCCAGCCUACAGGACAGGAGUGGCCCCGCUGCUGCGUGGUGUGGAGAUCGGGCUCACACACGGCUUCCUCCUGGUGGGGCCAUUCAUCAAGUUGGGACCCCUUCGUAACGUUGCAGGGACUGCUGAGACGGCAGGCUGCCUGGCUGGCGCCAUGCUGGUCAUCAUCCUCACGGGCUGCCUGACCAUCUAUGGCCAGGCAACCUUCCAGGAGGAAGAACAGCCGCUGGGCGUGAAGACGCUCUCGGGCCGGGACCUGUCCCCUGACUCACUGCAGACAGCUGACGGGUGGAACGAGUUCACAGCAGGCUUCUUUGUGGGCGGCCUGUCUGGCGUUGCUUGGGGUUACUUGUGCACCCUCUUCCUCCCCUUCUACUCGUGA